AUGGAGUUGUUCUUGCUGGGAGCCAUUGCUGCCUUUCUAGGCCUUUUGUACAAAGUGUUACAGAUUGUUAUACACGCCCGGAACGCACUUCCCCAUAUCCCUGGACCUUGGUAUACAAGAUACACCUCACUUGUAUUCUACAUCAACGGCUUCAUACCGCGGGUUCCCGUAUGGGUUGACAAUUUGCACCGCCAAUAUGGACCCGUCGUGAGAAUCACACCCAACAUGGUGGCAAUCGCAGACCCUGACGGAGUGGCCGACAUCUUUCGCUCCAGUCGUGGAUAUUUAAAAGGUCCCAUCUAUGAUUCUUUCCUGCGUAGCUUCUUCGCAGAGAGAAAUCCCGCUUUGCAUGGCCAGCGCCGUCGACUUUUUGCUCGUCCACUAGCAAAUUCGUCGCUUCAAGCGUCCUGGGCGCCUGAGAUUCGCCAACGAGUUGCUUUGGCUGUGAAGCGGAUCAAGGAUGAUGCGCUGGCCACAGGAGAAGGUGAUGCGUAUAAGUGGUGGAACAUCAUGACGAAUGAUGUGAUUACGAGGAUCUCAUUCGGAGAGUCUCUCAAUCUUCUGGAGUCCGACGAGCAUUUGCCAUAUAUCGAAGCCGUGAAGAAGACCAUCAGAUGCGUGUCGCUCCAUCGAAAUUUCCCCAGGAUCAUGCCACUCGCGAAGUAUCUGCCGAUCCGUCGAUUGCAAGAAAUUCUCAAUGCAAGACCCAAGGCGGAGAAAUAUACAGUCAAAGCAGUGCAGAACUUUCGAGCACGUAUCGACAAGGACCAGGACAAGACGGCUGGCACGGCUCGUAACAUUUUCACGCAAAUCGUAGUUCAGGCCGAUGAUCAGGACGCUGAGGCUGUUUUGGCGAUCACUGAUGAAGAUGUGCACGAGGAAGCUCUUACCUUGAUGCUCGGCGGUACUGACAGUACCUCGUCCACUUUGACAUAUUGCACCUGGGCUGUUCUCCGUCACCCCGAGAUACGCGAGGAGCUGGAGAAAGAAGUUGCCGCUUUGUCCGACGAGCUUUCGUCCAAGGAACUUGAGCAGGCUCGACUUCUGAACGCCGUCAUUCAUGAGACCAUGCGUUUGUACGGCGCUGUCUCGAUCGGUCUCCAACGUGUCGUGCCAGCGAGUGGUGCUCAAAUCGCGGGCUUCGACCUUGCGCCAGGAACAUUGGUCUGGCCGCAGAUGUAUACGACGCGCUACGAUCCCUCGAUCUGGCCGGACCCGCUCAAAUUCGAUCCAAGUCGUUUCUUUGAUGUCAAGCUGCCCUCCAUGGCCGAAGGGAAUCUGACAGCCACACAAAAGAAAGUCUAUGUGCCGUUCGGGGGCGGCACGCGAAUGUGCCUUGGAAUAAAUCUGGCAUACCUCGAACUGCGUCUGGGUCUUGCCUUGUUCUUCAGAGAAUGUAAAGGAGCACGGUUGUCGAAGAGCAUGACUGCUGAAGAGAUGGUGCACGACAAUUUCUUUGUCAGCUCUCCCAAGGGACGACGAUGUAUGAUUACCCUUGGAUAG